UUCGAAACCAAAAAAAGUCUAGCCAUUUUUUAACUGGUGCUGCUUGCGUAUAAUAGUGGAUACCCACGUUGUCCAUAAAUUAGGGAAUUAACUGUUUUUUUUUAAAAAAAAGAAGAAGAAGAAGAAGAAGACAGGGCUACAUGAUCAUGCCUUGCAAGAUUAUUACGAGUAGUAGUAGUAGGUGUUAAUUAGAAGAAGAAGAAGAAGAAAGCUGCCUAAUCUAAUGAGUGGAUUGCAUUUGGGUUUGGCAGCAGGCAGAGAGACAGGCGGAAGGUGGCUUCUCAAGGAAGAGAACAAAAUGGAUGGAAGCAGUCCGCAGCUGGCAUGGAUGUCGGGAGAAGCUAAUUCUUCACCCUAAAUAUAUCUUCAACUCUUGCGCUUCUUUCGCCAACUCCCUCUCCCUCUCCCUUUCUCUCUCUAUAUCAUCCAACAGGUCAUCUUUCUCUUUUCAUGUACGUUUUAACUUAAUCACGAAUGAAGGGAUACUUGUUUGCGUCCUCAUUUCAUUGCCUUGCCUAGAUAUUGUACAUCUAUCUAUUUAUUUUAUCUUAGUAUUAGUUAGGAUGCCAGACUGAUUACAAAGAGAGAAAAGAGAGAGAGAGAGAUCAAAUCUACGUUGGAGCAGAAUGUCGGUGGAUAAAAGGAGGAAGAAGGGAAGGGUUGGGAUGGAGGGAUUGGAAGGGCUGAUACAAAGGUUGCUGGAAGGAAGGAAUAAUAGAGGGAAACGCAUCCAGCUGACUGAACCUGAAAUCCACCAGCUUUGUGUCACCGCCAAGCAAGUCUUUCUUGCUCAACCUGUUCUUCUUGCAUUAGAAGCUCCCAUCAACAUCUGCGGUGAUAUACACGGGCAAUAUCCAGAUCUCUUGCGAUUGUUUGAGUAUGGCGGGUUUCCACCAGAUUCCAAUUAUCUAUUCCUUGGAGACUACGUAGAUAGAGGAAAACAAAGUAUAGAGACAAUAUGCCUUCUCCUUGCUUACAAGAUCAAGUUCCCUGACAACUUUUUCCUUCUUCGAGGGAACCAUGAAUGUGCUUCUAUCAACAGAAUAUAUGGAUUCUAUGAUGAGUGCAAGCCUCGUUUCAGUGUCCGUCUAUGGAAAACUUUCACGGACUGCUUCAAUUGUUUACCGGUGGCUGCAGUGGUCGAUGACAAGAUCCUAUGCAUGCAUGGUGGACUCUCACCGGAAAUGGAUAGCUUGGAUCAGAUCAGAGCUAUAGAGAGGCCAGUAGACGUGCCAGACCAGGGCCUUCUGUGUGACCUCCUUUGGUCUGAUCCUGAUAGAGACACCAAGGGUUGGGGUGAUAAUGAUAGGGGUGUCUCCUAUACCUUCGGAGCCGAUAGGGUCACCGAGUUCUUAAAGAAACAUGAUCUCGAUCUCGUAUGCCGAGCUCACCAGGUAGUCGAGGAUGGCUAUGAAUUCUUCGCAGACAGACAGCUGGUUACCAUAUUCUCGGCACCGAACUACUGUGGAGAGUUCAACAAUGCAGGUGCCCUUAUGUGUGUUGACGCUAGUUUGCUCUGCUCAUUUCAGAUUCUCAAGCCAUGGAGGGGGAGAGAAGGGCAUCCUGAAUAGUUUCCAGGUGAAGGGAGAAAAACGUUGGAUGCCCAAUAAAGGAAAGACAUCUACCAUCCACCACAAACAAUAUUCUAUCUAGUACUCUGCUGCUUCUUCUCAUGUACAAA